AUGGAUUCAGGAGCUAUUCAUCCCAAGCACUUAACAACCUUGCCUGCAAGGUAUGGUGUUAUGGACUCAUUGAUUUGGGAAGAUGCAAGCUUUACCAGCAGAAAUAACGAAAGGUUUCGUAAAAAUGACAUUCUCCAUUCUUUUCUUUGGGCAGCCUUUAAUCUCAUUGCCGCUCUAUGGCUGUCGGCUUUUUUGAAUCCUGGUGUGGUUUUCUCGCACUAUCCUCGUGUAAGCUUACAGUUCAUAGUUUUCCAAGUAAUAACGGCGUUAUUGCUGUGCCUCGUUCUUAUUUCGGCUGCAAGACAUCUCUAUUACCUAUGCAUUGCACUGAACUUGUUUAAGUCGAAAAGGCGAAGAGAGGUCAAGUCAUUGAACAGCGACUCUGUACGUGAGGGCCGAUUCGGACCUACCGUUUUUUUAAAAUCGGCUUGCACUUCGCCUUCCUUUGGCUCGUGCUUCUCCUCUCCAAACCUGUCCGUUAACAGGGUGACAAAUCAGGCGCUGACCGAACAUAGUAGAGCCUCGUGGUGUCCUGAUAAAUUCCCCACGAUGCGUCCUUUUGGUGACGUCCCCUCACCCAACGUAUCUGUUUCGCCGACUCAGACUAUGGCAGGUGCCUCAGCCAUGGCAGCCUCUGCUGUUGCCUUCAAUCUUUCCGUCCGGUCGGAUCAGAGUUGGACGUCGCCUCUGGCAACCGCGACGCCGCGUCGCACCUCACUGACCCGUUGGGGCACCUACUCACCCACCUCGCCCUCCGCUAUAACUGUUCCGCUGCAGUAUCAGCUCUCGCCCUCCCUUGGUUCUAGCAGUUGCUUGGACAUCGGCAAAAACUUUGGCAAGAGCAUUAACUCUGUUUCCAGUGAUCGCAAAGAUGGCGAUGUUAGUGGCAACCCCUAUUCCUCUACUGAGACUGACGACGAUGGCGGAUUUGAGAGGUUGAUGUGUCGGGGCCGAAAAGCUGUCGCCGCGCCAGAGAAAAGCGCCUCUGAAUACUGGAAAGCCAACGGUGUGAGCGAGCUCGACCUGGACCGUUGGACAGUGGACAUUCGCAGGUGGUUGCAUGGAACUAUCCUUCGUCGUGUUGUUGAUGAAAUUGCCUCAGUGAAUGCGAAAAUAUCGAAACUUUCGGACGACGCAGCACUCAUUGGAUCAACCACAUUGAAUACACUGGAACAGUUGGCGAAGGGACGAUAUCAGCAUAUUGUCACGCUUCCAACGCUCAUUCGAUUUCUGGAACUUACCAAGGAGCAAAACUAUCUCGUCUUUCGGUUGCAAGAGCUGGCUCGAGGGAGUUGCCUUGGUGAAUUUGGAUGGGACGCUGGUUCUCGAAGCACCCUCUCCCCAUGGAAGGACUACCUUCCUAAUGACACGAUGAUCCUUCUACACAUUUUCUCCACCUACAUGGACAGUCUUCUUCCUCCGCAUGCUAAAUGUCUCUCGGGAGGCGUCUUUGGGCAACUGCACCUUGUUCGUAGCCCCGAUAAGCCCGAUCUAAAGUCCAAGUAUAACGCUCAAAUCUAUGUGGCUACGAUCCAGCCCCCAUCGAUCAAGAUUGUCAUUGAUGGAAUUAUCUACACAUUCCCACCGGGUCGAUACAACUUCUUUCAUGCGCUGCUUCUUUUUUUCCACUUCUACAAGUCUUUGGACGGUACAAUAAGAUCGAUUUCUUUGGGCCCUUCUGGUCUGAAUGUGGCCUGGAUCUUCGAGAGACGGUAA